AUGAUCGAUGCUUUCUACAUCUUCACCAAGCGAGGGCUGCUCCUUUGGUCUACGCAGCUGGUGAAGGUCAAAGGCAAUCCUCUAGACCGCCUGAUCAAGGAGGUCCUGUUGGAGGAAAGAGUGGGUGAGACCUUUGCAAACGUGGAUGCGUACAACUUGAAAUGGAAGCUGCUGAACGAAAUGGACCUCUUCUUCGUGGUCGUCUACCAGGGGAUUCUUCAAAUGGCCUACUUGGAGGGCCUCUUGGCUAUGGUGGCAAAGGAGUUUGUUCAACAUGUUAGCAACUCCUUCGGGAACGGCCUCACAAUCAAGCACGUGGACUUCGACCAGGACUUCCUCCGCUGUCGGCAGAGGGCGGAUAAGGAGCUGAAGGACUCUCGCCGUCCAGGCGGUAUGCGCUCCUUCGCGGACACCAAGAAGGGUGCUGAGGUGCAAAAGACCCGAGAGGAGAAGGGCUUACCACCGACUUUGUCGGCAUCCAAGAAGGGCAAAUCUGGAGGGGCAGACGACGAAGAUGACGAGGAUGACGCCGAUGCUGCAAAGGUUGCCGAGGCCAGGGCGAAGCUUAGUGCGAAGCCCAAGGCAAAGAAGGAGGCGGAACCUGCGUCAGCAGAGAAGCCCAAGAAGGGGAAGGAGGCACGCCACUGGGAUGGCGGCAAGGUCUCCAAGAGUUUGAUGCAGGAGCUGGACUUUAGCAAGAACAAGCCCGACAAUGAUGCCGACCUCGCCGCAAAGCAGGCAGAGUUUCUCGGCUCGGACGAUGAAAACUUCGAUGCCGAGGUCGAGUCCAUCAAGUCGUCGUCGGGGUCGGAGGACGAAGCCAAGGAGGACAGCGAAGGCCGUGUCGGCGGUCUCUUCAAGUCGCUGACCCGUGGUGUCAAGAAUAUCACGGGCGGCGCCGUGCUCGGUGAAGAAGAUCUUGAGCCCAUCUUGAAGAAGUUCAAGACAGAGCUCAUGACCAGGAAUGUGGCUGCCGAAGUGGCGGACAAGUUAGCUGAUUCAGUGCGAAGAAGCCUUGUCGGUAAGACCACUGGCAGAUUCACUUCAAUGGCAUCGACGGUGAAACAGGCUCUCAAGGAGUCCAUGGAAACACUCUUGACGCCAAAGAAGUCGAUUGACGUGUUACGAGCAGCUCUCGCCGCGAAGAACGCGGGACGGGUGUACACUAUUGUUUUUUUGGGUGUGAACGGCGUGGGCAAGUCCACGAACCUCGCCAAAGUUGCGUAUUAUUUGAAGCACAAAGGUGGACUCAACGUCCUCAUUUGUGCUUGCGACACUUUCCGUGCGGGCGCAGUGGAACAGCUGAAGACGCACUCCAGGUGUUUAGACGUUCCUUUGUUUGAGCGUGGCUACGGCAAGGAUCCAGCCGAUAUCGCAAAGAAUGCAAUCGCGCAUGCAAAGGCGAACGGUCAUGAUGUAGUUCUUGUAGAUACCGCAGGACGGAUGCAGGACAACGAGCCGCUGAUGCGGGCCUUGGCCAAGCUGGUGGCCAUCAACACUCCUGAUCUUGUCCCGGGCCUAGGCUUUCCUGGGAUCAGUGCAUGCGUUUUCCCUCUGCUUUUGCAGUUUGGAGCUGCCUUAUCGCGGGAGCCUUUGAUUUUGAGGCCGAGCGGUGCAGUGACCGCAACGGCGGGGCGACAAGUGGAGUCGCCAGCACAUCGCAGACAGAGGAAGGCCAGGACCAAGGCCAGAGCCCUGCUGCGUGGAGUUCUUGCGGGUUUUGUGAAGUGGGGUCCGAGGGCGGUGCAAGCUCUGAGGGCCGUGGAGACGCACCACUCCAAUUCAGAGCUGCCUCAGAGGAUCUACAGGUUUCUUUUGCAGCGCCGCAACAACGAAGUCAUGAGCGAGGCGUGGAAAUGCGGCAAAUGCCGCACCAUGUGCAAAGCGGCAGCCGCCUACUGCGGAAAAUGUGGUGGGCACUGGCAACAGGUGCUCGAGACCAGUUACUGGGCACCGCCGCGUGGAGCGCCGUGGAAGCCCAACCAGGGGUGGAAUGGCGAUUUUGCCCAGGCACACAGGAGCCCUUCCCCCAGGCGCCGCAGAAAAGGCACUGGGAAGUCCCAGCAGCUUUCCACGGAUGGAGGCCGCAGCAGUACAGAGAGUUCGUUUCCACAACUCUCUGCUCUUCCCCAACCUCCUGUGCCCAAACUCCCCGCCAAGCCGGCGACGCCAGCAGCCACAAGUCAGGCGACUUCCAGCACAGGCGAGCCGGACCAGAAACUCAUCUCGGAGCUGCUCUCGCUCAUCCCGGUCGAGACCCUUCCCGCAGAUGUUCAGCGCCGCCUGGGUCAGAUUACCCAGGACACUGCCCUCAAGCAGGGCAAAAGAAUGCACAAGUUGGUUUCCGAACAGACCCAACUGAAGAAGGAGCUCGAGAAGCUGAAGUCCGACAAGCUGGCCUUUUCUACGGCGUGGGAAAGCUACAUUACACAGAUGCUGGAAAUGUGGCAGCGCCAGAGCGAAUCCAGACUUGCCGCUCUGGAUGCUUUCGUCGACAAAGAAGCGGACCUCGUCUCCAAGCUCGCUGCAGUUACCAAGGAGCUCGCUGCAGCGACCGCCGCCGAGGCCUCCGAAGGCCACGAUGUGGACAAGGAGGACGACUCGGAUGUGGAGCUGCAGGCGGCCGAAGAUAUGGUGGCCACUGCAGCGGCUCAAGAGGCGGAAGUGCGCGAAAGGCACCGGGUCACCAGGGAAAAGAUGGUCGAGCAGAACAAGCGGCUGCACGGAAUGCUGGAACAGGCCCGGCAAGACGCAGAGGCCGGAGCUGCCAGGGACGGCAGCCGCACGCCACGCCGCAAGGUCAAGGAGGAGCCCAGCGAUGGGGAAGUCGUGGACCUGACCAAGCCGUCGCGCCCUGGUGCGGUCACACUCAUGAAGGACGAGCUCGAUACCCUCUUUCCCUACGCGGAGGAUCCGAGGCUGGAGCUUGCCGAGGCUGAAGAAACAGAGCUGCAGCGCAGCCAAGCAGCGCGCGCCGAGUAUGACACCAGCGCUGGAAUUGAAACGGUGGAUCAACCCUUCCAGAUUCUCUCGGUGCGCAUGCACAGGCCCGGGAUUGAGUCCGAUGCGGGUUGGUCGCCGUGUUCUCAAGCAGCGUUGGUUGCAUACUCCAACUUCUUUGAGGAGGCUCUCGGCUACCACGGGGGUGAGACUGAGAGUGAAAACUGUACAAAGCGGCCAGCGGCUGUACAUAGGUUCCCUUAUAAUGUACAGCCACGGGCGACCCUUUACAAUGACACCAGGCAAAGGUGGCUCAAUCUUUUCGUGCGGACUGCCCACCGUUUCCUCGGGCGGUCGCAUCUCCUUCUCACUAUGUCCGAGGCGUACUGGAAGGGCGGUUCCAUGUCGGACCCUACAGUACGUCGUGCCACAGGUUCUGAGGACGAGGUUGCAGAGGUUCCCAGGCAGAGAUUUUGCAACGCAGCGGAGCUCCUCCCACGAGCCUCCCACCGAGGGGCUCACGUGGAUAGCUGCCACACUGCCAUCUGCCCCGAGGCUCCGGCCAAUUGCACUAAGGACGCUGCCGAUGGUACCUCCAUCCCGAGCAUCAAGGACCCUCUGUCGCAGAGAGUGCAGCAUUUGGCUUGCACCUCGCCCGUCCGCCGUCCCUCUCCUGCCCCACCACCGCAAGGUGCAAAUGUUCCAGCGCACUCCCGGCCCAGGCCAUCUACUAGACGGCCGUCUGCCUUGCAAGUCACCAUCGCAGCGACCAUGCAAGUGAGGCCAGAAACCUUGGUGCCCAGACUGCUGCACCUCCCGCCGGGUGAGCUCGGGGCGUACACACGCGCCCCAGCGGCCACAUCAGAUGGGGGCAUCUGCUUUACCAUCUUCGAGCCCAGACGACACGUGCAAAUCCGAAGAGCAGGGGCUGACUGGACAAUGAUUGAAAUAAUUGCUGAGGCACAAUCAGCGGUUGACUUCCGCGCGGCCCAGGUUCAGGUGCUAGCUCAGCCCAUAGGUGGGUUUCCGGUGCCGCAGCUCGUCCUGACUCCUGCCCCGGCCGGGGCCUACACCGCCAUGCCUUUCGACUGCCGUCCCUGUGGAGGGGGGGUCUACACCAUAGUGACCCCUUUCACAUACCACCAUUCACAGGCUUUACAGGCUGCCGAUGUGACAGCGUCCGGCAGGCUCCUUGCCGGCAGGGACAUCGAGGACCUGCGCCUUGCUGAUCAGGGCGGCCGUAUAAUCCAGGGAGCGAUCCCCUUCGAUGCGACUGAAUGGCUGGAGGUGAGCCGGGCCGAUGCAGAGGCCGAAGCCGAGGAGCAAGCCCUCAUGCAGGUACAGGCGAGGCUAACGGAGGCCACUCCGCGCCCAAGGCAGGCUGCUAAGUCAACAGGCGAUAGCAGGAUUUUCAGGAGAAGCUGCGUCUACCGGGACACGCAGCCCUUUGGCCGCCCGGGAGCCCAGCCUGAUUACGAUGCGGAGAGGAGGCUGGCCUCAAAGCUGCCUAAGCCCCCCGCGACACCUCUGCGGGCAGACGACGAGGUCGCACAACCAUGCGAUAGGAAUCCCAGCCGCGACCGCUCAGCAGUCGCAUCCGACUCGCCUCCAGACAGGGAGCGCCGCUUCUAUACCAUCUUCGAGCCGAGGCUGGGGUACCGCAGGCGCCCAUCACUCCCACAGUGGACACUUUGGCAGCACAUCAAUGAUGCUAUAAGACAAGUGCCGAACCCUGUCUGGCAGGCUUUUGUCAUCACGGCACAGUUGCCGGGCUUUCCAGGCCCACAGAUCACCCUCUCCUUCGCCGACUCCCCACAGCCAGGGCGUGCACUUCCGGUCGAUCUCCGGCUUGUCGGGGGGGACCUGCACACAGUGGAGCUGCCAUGGCAAUGUGAUGCGUCCAUUGUAUGGACGGCCCUGCAGGAAAAGGGGGCUGACCUGCCGGGCCGCUGGCAAAAUUUCCAAGGCACAGGUUCGCUUUCCUUUUACAACCAGCUUGGUGAAGAGAUCACUGCAUGGGAUCUCGCCGGGGACACCAUCCAAUGGGCGAGUCUUCGGGCUCAGCACGGAGAGGCGGCGGAUUUUGACUGGAACACGGCCAUAGCAAGCAUGUCCACUGCUACAACAACGGCGGUGGCAACUGAGGACGCAGCCGGUCCCCCACCUUCCUUGCUGGGGAUUAGGCCAUACCGCGGGCCAGCCUUAGCUGCUCAGAUCCAGAUCUUCCCCCACUACCUGGCUAACACCGCACUGCACGCGAUGACUGCGACUAGCCUACACCUCCAUGAGGGCCGCGUGCAGACGAGCAGCAAUUCCAGGGUGUACUCGCUUUUCUGCGGCCGGGACCCUCUCUGUUUCCGAAAAGCAGAGGAUGACUGGACCGUUGGCCAGUACAUCUCGGAUGCAGCAACAGGCGCACAGGCAGAUGUCCGUAGUGUGCAGAUACUCAGUCUCCACCUCCACUCCCUGCCUACCCCACAAAUUGUUACGACCCCUCUGGAUUCGCCAGCUGGCUCCUCAAUGGUCCCUGUGGACGCCAGGUGCAUCGGGGGAGGCAUACACACUAUGGCGCUGGAGGCAGGCAUGCCAGCGGCGGCCAUCCUUGAGGCACUCGCCACCCAAGAGCCCCCGCUUUGGACGACGAUACAGCAGCUUGCCGCCCUCGACGCAGCGUUCCUUCAGGACGCCACAGGCAAUGUCUGGGACCUCUGCCCGGAAGAUGUGACGUCCUUGCAAUGGCUGGCUGUCCGCAUUGACAGCAGGGCCAGUGCAUUGCCCCUAGGUAUGCAACCACCCUGCAUUUCCAUGGGCACGACCACUACUACCACGGGAGCGAUGGCUGCCUAUCACGGCGAGCACCUUGUCACCAUUGUUUUGUCUGGCGGCGGAACGGUCCUUCGACUCGCUCCGCAGAGGGUUUCUCAGAUAGAUGUGUCAGCCAGCCUCACAGAACUUCUGCUAGUACUGGCGGCCCACGGGCGUUUACCGCGAGAGCCUGUUCUCUCCAUCGCGGCGGCAAUGCCGCGCACCAUGGCGCAGCCGCGCCAUGUCCUUGUGGGUUUUAUAGUACAGGGCUUGGCGGAGGAAGACCAUGAGGUCAUCGUGCUCCAAGACCAGAGCCAUGACGGCUCCCUCUUGACCGCGUUCACCUUGGACACCAACGUCAUGCCGGAGCACAUGCUAGCCCCCGCCCAGACGCGCCGAGGUUUUUCCAUUGCACUGAACGGCUCGCCACUGCAAGGCUCACGCAGAGUCCUCCGGACAGGAGACCUCCUGCAGCUCCAGCAGGGAGCCCAUUCAGCCCGGGUAUGGACAGCGGCUUUUGCUUUCCAGCUAAUCCCUGCCCUGCGACUCUUUGCCCUCAGGAUCCGCCUCCCAGGGAUGCGUCGCUACACGAGUGGAUCCCUCACACCAAGAGCAGCUCAAUCAGCAAGGAGGUACCUCUCCCAGGCAAUCCAGCUCCGAAUGCUGGAGCAAACCCUCGACCUGGGUGAGCCAGGGAGGAAUAGCCACCCCGUUUUGGUCAUGGGCCCAGGCCACGGCCCUUUGCUUCUGUACGUCCCGGCGGAGAGUGUGCCCGAUGCACAGGAGGUUGCAAGGUUCCUCACUUUCUCAGGCCUUUUCGACCCAGGCACGGCAUAUGUCCUAACUGGCGCACAGUCCGGCACGGUGCCAGUGGUGGUCAGUGUACCCAGGCGAACUGAGGUGAUGACUGUGCUGUACCCUUCGCCCGACGAGACCGAUACCGUGCUGCAGCUUUUUGUGCCGCCCGAGUCUCCCCUGCACAACCUGGGCGCCUUGUGCCGACGAGGAAUGGAGCUCGUCUACCCGGCAUCCGUCACCCACGGUGCCGUGAUACGAGAGCGAGCACAGAGGAUUCGCUCAGCUGUGUCCUCGGCCGGGCACGCGGACAUGUCCCUUUUGCAGACUAAGGCCAAGGUACUCAGGCGCAACCAGGACCCCGCUCCCCCUCCCCCUGAGCCAAGCGAGUCCCCAUGCCCCGCACCUCAAGGGACCCCAGCUGUGCAGAUUGCCACCCCUUUCGGGCGACGCCGGCUUGAAAUCCACGCUCAAGGCCCACCGGCCACGGAGGCUACCCCGCCACCGGAUGCCGGCAAGCAAACCCUGGUGCUUGAGGAUGCAAUCCCACCACCACAAGGGGGAGUUGGAUGGGCGGUCACGAGCGAGAUGCUUGACCAAUGUUUGGAGAUGCACGGCCUCCACAAUUUGCAUAGAGACCUCACUCCCCUGGACAGUGACCUCCGCCAGCAGGCAGCUGCCUGGCAGAGCCUCCCCGCAUGGCAGCCCACCCGUCCGUGCGAUGAGCUUUUCAUCUUCACUGACGGAUCUUUUCUCAAGGGCAAAAGUGCGGCCACGUGGGCUCUGGUGGUGGUUGCGAGGCAAGGCCGAAAUGUAGGCAGUGUAGGUUUCGUGGCCGGUCGGGCCCAGACUCACGACCCACAGGAACCUUCAUCAUACCACGGAGAGCUCGCAGGUCUGAUGCAUGCCACUGCCUUUGCCUGCAAGGCACACUGCCCCAUAGUGCAUAUUGGUAGCGAUUGCCAGUCAGCUUUGCUUGUUGGCACCGGAGCCGCGGCGGCGCAGAUGUCUGAUCCCGCAGCUCGCGCUACCCAGGCACUGACUCACUUGGCGGGGAUCUGCGGGACCCUCGUCCUCUGGCACAAAAUCGAGGCUCACCGAGGAUGCGCUUUCAACGAGCUGGCAGAUGCCCUCGCCAAGCAAGUGGGGCGUUUUCAGGGACAGAGCCCAUGGCCCUGCGACACCACGAGCUUUGAUUAUGCUGUCCAGGAGCACCUGAUUGAGCAGCUGUGGCUCUCCUGUCAUUGCAUCCACGGCAUACCUUGCAUCUUGCCGAACGGACAAUGGCCCGCGACCUCCAGCAGCCCAGUCCACCAGCAAUGCGACCCCAGCCCGGCCGGGUGUGCCGACCAAGCCCCCCCAGAGGCCCUCUGCCAACUGCGCAUGCGAAUAGUACAGUACAAUGUACUCUCCCUCUGCGGCGGAGCAGCCACGGCACUUAUGGCCAAGGGCUUGAGCCAAAACGACAUUGCGGUUGCAGGUUUCCAAGAGACUCGCCAGCGGCAAGAAGGGUUUAGCACCCAUGAGGGGUGGUGGGUCCUCAGUGCUAGCUGUACGGAAAAAGGUGUCGGAGGCUCCCAGGUGUGGAUCAAUCCACGGUAUGCAGGGCUCAACUGGGAACGCAAAUGUGUUUCUGUCUUUCAUUCCUCACCGCAGAUCUUGGUUGUCCUCUCAAGGGUCAAUGGGCUGGAUCUAGCCAUCGUUAGUGCACACGCCCCUCCUGCCACCAGCCCGGAAGAUGUCCUCGACGACUGGUGGGGAACUCUGGCGCAGAUUCUGGAAAAGGUCCCUCCGCGCUUCACGCUCCUUCAGUGCAUAGAUGCGAAUGCCAGAUUCCAUCCUGAACCUGAGCGCCGGGCUACCCUGGAAAGGGCGCCCAUUUGCGGCAAUGCUCGGAGGCUAAGACAGCAUGCUUUUUCUACGGAAGCCGAGCUCACAGACCUCUUCUCUCAGAGUGGGAAUAAACUCGUGUCUUGGCGCAGCCCCGCGGGGCAAACCGCGCUCUUGGAUUACAUCCUCUUUCCAAGGGGCUGGAAGGCCGCUGCCACUACCGAAGAUACCCCAGACCUGCAGGAUCUCCACGGAGACAUUGAUCAUGCGCCAAUCCUGCUCACUCUUGAUGUCUGCUGCGCGGCGCGCCAGGGAACCACCGAAACACGCAUCGAUGUAGCGGCACUUCAGACCCCUGCAGGGCAAGCCAUUGCCCGGCGGGCCCUGGAGACAGUCCCUCCCAUCCCGUGGGAAGUAUGCAGCACGCAACAUUUGGACUUCAUCCACCGGCAUAUUUUGCAGGCUCUUCAGGAGCUGCCCAGAGCCCCCCUUAAGCCCCGCAAUCCCGCUUACACGCCCGCCACACUUGACCUCGUGCGACGCAAGCGACACAUCCGCAGGUGCCUGCGCACGGUCCGACAGCGCGGAGAACUCCUGCAUCAAACGGAGCGUUCCCAGGGCCAGCAUGAUGUGGAAGGCAGUCAGGGCAGGUUCGAGGCACAGGCGCGGCAACAAAGAUGCAACGAGGACAAGUGGGUCCAACUGCUACGGGAUGUAUCGGACGCACUCACCCUUUCCAUGCAGCAAGACCGUGCUGCUUUCGCGCGGGCUGCUAUUAUCAAUGCUCGUGCGGCGGGCCCCCGCGAGUUUGCUUACAAGUUACGAGCGGUCCUGAGGACUGGGCGACGCUUCCGGAGCCCCCCGCUUGUCCCGGUUUUCCAAGGCGAAGACGGUGUCACGGCGGGGCGCGAACCGGUCCUCGACACCUUCGCCGACUUUUUCUCACGUCCCGAGCGAGCGAGACCGGUAGCAAGGCGGAGCCUUUACAGCUCACAACUCAGCCCAGGCCCGCAGCCGCUCAAGGACGCCAGCGAAAUGCCAAGCGUGGUGCAACUUUCCAGCGCAAUUGCGCGUCUCAAGCGCGGCAAAGCGCCUGGUAUCUCCAAGAUACCUGCAGAAGUUUUUCAAUGCAGCCCUAUUGCCAGCGCAACAGCCAUCUGGCCGGUGAUGGCCAAAGCUCUGACACGGGACCCGCUACCCUUUCAGUGGAGAGGAGGCAUGGCGACGGCUAUCCCAAAGCCAGGCAAAGAUGGAUUCUCGCCUCAAGGGUACCGCUCGGUGAUGCUUCUGGAGCCAUCUGCUAAAGCGGUUCAAGCCGCUUUCCGGCCGUCCAUACAAGAGGCUUUCGUCGCCCUCCGCACCCCUCUUCACUACGGAGGGCUCUCCGGGGCGCCCAUUACCCUGCCCGCUUCCUGUGCCCGAGCCCACCUGCAGUACCUUAAUACAAAGGGUCUAUGUGGCGGCGCAGUCUUCAUCGACUGUGCAUCGGCCUACUACAGCGUGGCACGCGAAAUCCUCGCAGCCAGGCCUGACCAGAUCCGAGAUGAUCAGUGGGCGCAGGCCCGAGCAGCUGUCUUCUUUGAAGACGCCCCGAGCCGGCACGCCUUCAUACAAGCGCUCAGGUCUCACACUGCUGCGGCCACGCUGGCUGAUAAUCCACUCCUGGCGCAAUUCCUCGCCAAACAGCUUGACGGCACGUGGUUCGUCACAAGGACGGACACGCAGGUCAUCAUGAAGGCAGAGAGUGGGACGGCCCCCGGGUCGCCGAUCGCUGAUAUUCUCUUCGGGAUUGUUUUCCAGCGAUUUCUUCGAGACAUCAAUGCCACGCUGGAGAAGGAGAACUGCCGGGCCUUCGCGUCUUUCGCGGCAGACGCACAGCCAGACAUAUCCGCACCAACCUGGGCAGACGAUGUGUGCGUACUGUUCCAGACGGACACGCCUGCGGCCGCCCCGGAUGCCGUGCAAGAGAUCCUCCGCCACGUAGUGGCAGCCAUGAGAGCCCAGGGCCUGGAGGCAAACAUGGGCCCAGGUAAGACCGAGGCCAUGCUGGUGCUGCACGGCGAAGGCUCCCGCCAAGUACGAAGGGCUCUUUUCUGCACCGCAAGCCCCAAGAUUGCCUUCCAAGGGACGCAAGGCGGUAUGGAGGUGCGACUCACACCCGAGUAUACCCACCUCGGGUGUACCCUCCGUGCUGACGGCAAUGAACUCCCUUGCCUCCGACACCGGGAACAGCAAGCGCUGCAAAUCUACCGCCCGCUCAGGAAGCGUCUCCUCACGAACCCCUUCCUGACCGUCCGGGAGAAGACAGACUUGAUCCAGUCCAGGGUGCUGCCUAGCUUUUUGCACGGCGCGGGGAUGUUAACCCUCCGAAACACCAAGGACAAGGACAAGUUUGAAGACACUAUCUUCAAAAUCUACAGGGGCUCCUUUCGGCCAAUCCUCGGGGUGUCUUGCCAGGGCUACACUAAUGCUGAGAUAGUGGCCGCACUCGGAUUUGCCAUGCCAUCCGAGUUGCUUAUCGUGGCAAGGGCGCGUACCCUAGCUGAGCUCGUCAAGGCUGACCUAGUACCCGUGCUGCGCUGCCUUGAAUCGACCGCUACGUGGUGGACGGAGGCCAUACGGGCAGCCGGGAGGGUCGGGAUCCUCAAUGACCCAAGCGUGAGUGCAGAGAAUGCUGCAUGCAACAUUCAACAUGACCCACGCACAGUCUCCCGACGCUGCCGGGCUUUCCUCCGUAAGGCCAGGGAGUCCCGACCCUUCGAUCACGACAAGCUUGUGCCAAGGGAGCCCCCGGAAACAGUUUUUGUGACCACGGCCGGUGGCCCAGCCCUUCCCUGGCCAUGCGACCAAUGUGGCAACGCCUAUGCCACCCGCAGACAGCUAGCUGUGCACCAAUCCCGCCACCAUGGCCGCAGACCGGCGGCGGUCUGCAGCGCUUUCGGGACCUGCUGCCAAAGGUGCCUCAAAGAGUUCUGGAGCCUCAGGCCAAAGGCCAUGGAUGUUGUUCCACCUCUGAACGACGGUGCUGCUAUGGGUGAAAUUUACUUUAGAGAGGCCGUUGGUUCUGAGUUUGACUAUGUGGUCUUUGAAGCUUUGGGCGAGCGCUAUGAAAGGCUUGGCCUGGCGGUAGGCCAGGUGAUUCGAACCUAUGAGGUCAACAGCGAUGGUAUGUUUUUGGACCUGCGCUACUUAGGUCCCAAGGUUGAGGAGCCAGAGCAUGAUGACGAUGAAGAGGAGGACCCCGUCGGUGCUGCUGCUUCUCGGCCGGCGGUUAAGAAGCGAAAGAAAGGUUUGCCAAAGGCGGCGGCCAAGGAGGCGGUAGCUUUGGAUGCCAUGCUUGAUGAUGGCGCGGAUUUCAUUGCAGAGGGCAAGGACACGAAGGUCGAGAAGAAGCUUGGGCUACUUCGGGCGAAGCUUCUUGGAAAGAAAGAAGAAGUUCGAUCUCGGGGCCCUGGCUCAGUGUUGGCUGGGCGGGCCGUGGAGGCGGCCGAGAAGGUGAAGACCAAAAGGUCAAAGCAGCCGAGCGUGAUCCGCAAUUUGCAGAAAGCGCUGGUCGGCAAAAGCCGAAGCCGGGGUUCUAAGGAACCAGACUCCUCAGGUGAGAGCGACGAGGACGCCGAGGAGGAGGACGAGGACCUGGACUUUGCAAGCUCUGGCUGGGAACAGCGGCGAAAGAAGCUGAGGAGGACUGCGGAGGAACGCCCCGGCAAGUUGUUGCUUUCUGGUUUGCAGGCUAUGAGUGAGCAACUGGGACAGGUCACAGGGGACGACUCGACGGAGGCCAUGUCCCCAAUCAUGGUCCGCUACCUCCUGACAAUGGUGCUGCCGACUCACCCGAUUAAGGUCAUUGGGGAGGCGAAGUACCGGGAGCUUCGCACGCUAUGCCAGGCUUUGGAUGCUUUGUUGAAGGGCAAGGUGGAUGCAGCCGGGGACCUUCUCAUGCAGCGCUUCAAGUCCCUUGUCAUGUCGCUGAGGGACAACAGUGAUAAGUUUGGCCGGUUCCUGGAGCUCAUCCCGGAGGAGAUGAUCGGUGUGUCGCCCGAGGAGACCUUUUAUGCCAGAGAGUUGGCGCACAAGACCGCGAAAGCGGAAAAGCCAAGCCCCAUGCGGGGCAAGGAGGAGCGAAGGGUGACUUUCGUGGACGAGCCCCAGACGGAGGCCACCCCGAGGAGGAUGCAGAUGGCGGUCUCCGAGGCCAGGCAAAAGACACCGCGGAAGCCGGGCGAGACGAAGAAGGUGCCUCACGCGAUCAUCAACGGGACUCUUCAGGCCAGCUGUUUUCAACUUUGGCGUUUGCUCAUCGUUGCGGUGCUUAAUGGUGAGUACCAGUCCUGGGACGGAGAUGGUUUUUGUGAAGGUGAGUUUCCGGGGAAUGCCAGUCAAGCGAGUGCUUUCACACAUUUGGAUGAGUUGUGCAAUUAUUUUGCUAGAGCACCUCUCGAUGAACGAUGUGGAAUGAGCCCUGAGGACGUGCUCAAAACCAAAGGGGUGGAUUACACUGGGGAUGAGGUUCUCCAUGCACUUCCUUUGAAGGUCGGGGAACUUUUGCCGGGACUUCCUGCCGAUGGUGUUGCCGGCAGCUUGCAGGCGAGCGAUAUUGCACAGGGUGAUGUCGCAAAGUGGUUGUUGGAUCCGGAGCUCGCGUUAUUACCCCGAGAUAAGUGGCCCGAUCCUUUGCCGCGUGCCUCUAUGAAUUGUACCAAGGAUGACUGGUAUGAGUUAGUGCCACUGUUGGUAAAGAAGCGCAUUUUGGAGCCCAUCAGCAAGUCCGAGAUUUUCACAGUCAGUGGUGUCCCUGUCCUAAAUGGAGCGUUUGCUGUCCCGAAGAAGGGCACACCUGGUAUUGGCCAGGUUCGGGUGACACGGCUCAUUAUGAACAU